AUGUCCCUGUAUCGUGGUACCUGUUGGAAAACAUUAUCUACAUGGAAAAAAGGGUGGGGAGAAUGUGUCUUUCUUCUUCCCAUUGAACUUGCAAAAGUGCGACGCGCCGAGAGCCAAGAGGGCCAAGAGCCAACAUUCGCCAUGGAACUGACCCACAGAGGCGGUCUUUCCUCAACACAAGAAGCUUGGACGAAAGAAGGAGCGGUUGCAGCGCUGGAUCCAACAUCAGCCGCACCGUGGAGACCUUUCCGUUUUUUCUCGCCCGAGGCGGCAGCUGGAGAGAUUGCUUUUUGUAAUUUCAAGGCCAGUUGUCGUCGGUCGUGUGGGGGAGUGAUGGAGCUCGAAGGCAAG